AUGGAUAAAACCAGUCCACGCUGGAGUAUGAGAAACACAGCAAAAGGCAGCUUGAGGAGAUUGUCCAACCAGAAGCUGGAAAGUGAUGACAUAAUCCAACAUCGACGUCACGGGAAGAACCCGCAGAGUUUCGUUGUCAAAGACAAAUCUCCAAACCCAUCUCAGUCAAAAGUAUUACAGGUUGUCUCCAAGAUAUGCAGGCUGUCGAACCAUUUUGUCUGGUUGUAUCACUUUAGGCGCAGACAUGCAGUGCAGCUUACGGAUCAGAGACCCAUCGUAUCUGAUCCAGAGAAGAAAAAGUACUUCGCGAUUCAGGCAAACCACAAAUCAGCGCCAGGCUCUCAGUAUUCUCAAGACGUCGUCAAGCGGAAGCGCGCUGAUGAGGAGGUUGUUCCGAUCCCGAAACGCCAACGGAAAGCUCGCCUGGUUCAGAGGUACGAAAAGGAAACAAUUAAGAGAGCAACAUGCCUGCAACAUCCUCUCAUACAAGCCCAGAGGGAAGUAGGGGCUCUUCCCGUAUCCAGUCUUGUAGAACAGGAACAAAGAGGGUUGGCAUAUGCGAGCCAGUUUCAGCGAAAACAAUUACAUCAGUUCGAGCCCUGGCCGGACCAGUACACCAUUAAGCAUGUUGUGCGUAAUUCACGGUCCGGUAUCUUGAUUGCCAACUCAAUCAAGCUGAUAUGCUCUGCAGGCGGACAUCGCGGUGGCGAGUCGUCAGUGUCGGCGACCAUGGACAGUGGUCCAAACGGCGACUCCUUCCUUGCACCCAGAAUGCUUCCCGACCCUGACGAAGGCGGAGACUAUCGAUGGCCGCCAUUCUUCUCUCAUCCGAUCCGCAUCCACACAACCUCCUCCCUCUGGUGUUCCGCGCCAUCUCCAACGGGGGACAUUCCCCGGUUUGCAGUCGGCACGUCUGAUGGUCUCUACACCCUCGAAGGCUUCGGAAGCUACUGGACAUUAUCCAAGAAGCCCUUUCCCAAUGACAAGUCUUCAGGCAACCCUAAGAAGCGCCGCACCGACUCCUCGCACGCCCUUAUCACAGCCGUUGAAUGGCUCUCCCCAGACGUGAUUGCGGCCGGUCUCAAGGACUCCACCAUCUUUCUUCACGACGCCCGCUCUGGUGGAAGCGCAACUAGACUUCAGCAUCCCCAUGCGGUAACUAAAAUUCGCAAGCUCGAUCCGUAUCGGAUCGUUGUCGCUGGUAUAAACUCGCUGCAAAUGUACGACAUUCGCUACCCCCCAAAUAACCUACAACGUAACCCCAACCCAAACAAGAGCCAUCACACUUCGACUCGCCCCUACCUGACCUUCUCCACCAACUACCCCGAAGUAAAUAUCACCCCGGAUUUCGACAUAAGCCCAGAACUGGGGCUUCUCGCUAGCGCUUCGCCCACCGACAGGGACCGUACGGUUCAGCUCUACUCCCUCCGCACCGGAGAGCAGGUUGCCUCCCCGCUUACCAGAUAUCGAUACCGAGAUUCCAUUAGAUCAGUGUGUUUCGAGUCUGGGAAUCAGUCGGCCGCGCACGGGUCCCAGACACCUAGUUUGCUGGUUUGUUCGGAGGCUACGGUUGAUGAGUGGAAAUGGUGA